UAUGGGGAGGGGAGAAUGAGGAGAUGGUGUGGGGAGGGGUUACAGGGAGAGGGGAUAUGGGAAGAAGGUAAAGGGGAAUUUGGGGAAGGGUUGGAGGAGGAUCUAUGAAAUUUGGGGCAGGACACUGGGGAACAGGAUAGGAGGUCUGGUUUAGCGGGGGCAUGUGUCCUCAGCAGAACCCACCCUGGCAACUUCUAACACCCACCUGUGCCCAUACCUCAUCCCAGCAAAGCAGCCACAGCCGCCUUCCCAGACAUGCCCAGCACACUGGCAGAGCACACGUUCCCAUACCGGUGAGGGCAGUGGGGACACCACCAUCCCACGGAUGCCACACGUCCCCCCACAACACCAGCCAGUGCCAGUGCCAGUGCCGGGCCUGGCCAGGCUCCCGCUGCGCUCGGAACAAUCCGGCCUUUGAGCGGAUCCAGUGCCGGCACUCCAGGCUGUAGAAUGGGCCCAUUCUGGUGGCAGGUGCCGUGAGGGGCCGGGGGCUCCAGCUGGCCCCCGGCUUUACUGGGGGGGUGAAGCCCCCCGUGGAGCUAGCACACAGUUGGAUUUGGGGACUCAAGUGUCACGGCAGUGCCAGGCCGUGCACCAGACAUGGAUGGGCUGAGGUGGGAUGGAGGGGCACUGGGACCAGGCCCCACCCGCGGCACCCAUCCCGCCCUGACACCCUGCAUCCAGCCCGCGCCUGGUGGCAAUGGGUGUCUGUGUCCCUGACUGUGUCCCCUCGGGCAGGAAUGGGGGGUGUCCGUGGCUGGGACCCCUUCGGGUGCCCGUGUCCCCUGGGAAGGGACCCCACGGGUGACCCGAUGGCUGCGGGCUCCCAUCCACCAUGCUCGGUGCAGCCCGGGACAGGAUCGGGAUUGUCCCGGGACCGUCUCGGGACCGUGCCUGGACAGUACCGGGACCACGCCAGAAGCACGCCCAGUUCUGUACCGGAACAGUACCGGGACCGUGCCGGGACAGUACCUGAACCAUCUCUGGACCGUGCCUGGACAGUACCUGGACCACACCCGGACUGUGCCGGGACCGUGUCAGGACUGUACCAAGACUGUACAGGAACCAUGCCUGGACCGGACCGGGACAGUACCGAACGGUGCCGCGGUCACGCCCGGGUUCGCUGCGCUACUGUCCCGCUCCCAUUCCCGGGAGUCCCCGUUCCCGUUGCCGGGGCCGGGCGGGGCGGCCGCUGUCCCCGCCCCGGGGCGCUCCCGCCGCUUCCUGCGGGCACGGCCGGGACGGGGCGGGCCGGGACGGGUCGGGGCGGCGGCGGUAGCGGAGCGCGAGCCACCCUGAGCCCCACUGGUGCCGGGGAUGCCGGGAUGCCGGUGCCUGCAUGCCCACAGCGCCCUGCCCUGAGCCCGGAGCCCGGCUGUGCCAUGGAGGAUCCGCCCGGCACCAGGACCGAGGCGUGGGCCGAGGGGCUCCAUAACGCCAACAACAACGCAUCCCCAGGGGGGUGGCCGGCUGCCCGCGGUGGGCACCCCCUGGCAGCUUUCGGGGGUCCUGGGGCUAAGCCCAGCUACCUGGACCGCGUGGUGCAGGAGAUCGUGGAGUCAGAGCGCACCUACGCCCGUGACCUGCGCAGCAUCGUGGAGGGUUACCUGGGCAAGAUCAUCGACGCGGAGGAGCCGGUGCUGCGACCGGAGCAGGUCAGCGCGCUCUUCGGGAACAUCGAGGACAUCUAUGAGCUCAGCAGCACCCUCCUGCAAAACCUGGAGAGCUGUGCCAAUGACCCCGUGGCUGUGGCCGUGUGCUUCGUCACCCGGAGCCAGGAAUUUGCCAUCUACACCCAGUACUGCAACAACUACCCCAGCUCGGUGGCGGCACUGACCGAGUGCAUGAGGAGCAAGGUCCAGGCACGGUUCCUGCGGGAGUGCCAGGAGCGCCUGCGCCACGCGCUGCCCCUCGGGGCCUACCUGCUCAAGCCUGUCCAGAGGAUCCUCAAGUACCACCUGCUGCUCCAGGAGAUCGCCAGGCACUUUGAGCACAAGGCGGGGGACGACUACGAGCUGGUGCUGGAGGCCAUCGACACCAUGACCUGCGUGGCCUGGUACAUCAAUGACAUGAAGCGCAAGCACGAGCACGCCAUCCGCCAGCAGGAGAUCCAGUCACUGCUGCUGGGCUGGAAGGGGCCAGACCUGACGAGCUACGGGGAGCUGGUGCUGGAGGGCACAUUUCGGGCACAGCGGGUGCGCCACGACCGUGCACUCUUCCUCUUCGACAAGGCCCUGCUGAUCACCAAGCGCCGUGGUGACCACUAUGUCUACAAGAGCCACAUCCCGUGCUCCUCACUGAUGCUGAUCGAGAGCACGCGGGACUCGCUGUGCUUCAGCCUGGCACACUACAAGCAUGGCAAGCAGCAGCACAGCCUGCAGGCCAAGAGCGUGGAGGAGAAGCGCGUGUGGACUCACCACAUCAAGCGGCUCAUCCUGGAGAACCACCACGCCACCAUCCCCCAAAAGGCUAAGGAAGCCAUCCUGGAGAUGGACCUGUUCUAUCCCCCACGCCUGCCCCGCUGCAGCCCUGAGCGCCUGAAGAAGAGCUGGUCCUGCCAGCCCCUGGGUGACGCUGCCACCGAGCCACUCCAGGGACGCCGGCAGUCUGAGCCCUUCCAGCACCAGGGGCACACGGAGACGCUGCUGGAGCGGCUGCAGGGACACGGGGGGCGCAGGCAGUCGGGUGUGGACAGCGGACGGGAUCAGGGGGCUCGGGUUGCUGAUGAGUUGGGGGACACGGGGGUGAUGCCACUGUCACCUCCCCUUCCCCCAGAGCCCGCCAAGCACAACCUGUGGCACCUGGGCGAGCAAGGGCUGAAGAACACGGGCAGCGACGGGGUGCUCCUGGAAGUGGGGGAGCCACACCAGCACCCCAGAGCCUGGGCAACGGUUGAGGGCGUGGUGGCGGAGGAAGAGGAGGAGGAGGAGGCUUUGGGCAAGGACUGCCAGGAGGAGCUGCCAGGGUCCAGGGAUCUGCUGUUGGAGCCCCAGGAGGAGCAGGCUGGGGAACACCCAUGGGUGCUGGAGGGACCCAAGCGGCCGAGCAGCUGGGGGCCAGGGAGCUGUGAGAAGGUCAGUGCGACCCCCCGGCCCCCAUCCGGGAGUACCCAGGGACCCAGCACCCACAGCCCUAACAGCAGUGCUGGGGAGCACCCCAGGGUCCCCAGAUCCCCAUCCCUGGUGGGGACCCUGGCGCUGCCCAGUGGGGACAGGGAACCGGAGCACGCUGCGGAGGAUUUGCAGGUGCUGAGCAGCGAGGAAGAGGAGGAGGAGGAGGGGGAAGGAGCCGCCAGCAUCCUGCCACCCUCAGUGCUGGACCAGGCCAGUGUCAUCGCCGAGCGGUUUGGCGGCGGCGGCAGCUUGUCCCGAAGGAGCAGCCUGGCACUGGAGGGGACCCUGGGACGCACCCCCAGCCACGGUGGCAGCACCCUCAGCCUGGAUGGGGGCCCCCCACUCGAAUCCAUGGAGCCCGAGGAGUCCCGCAGUGCCAUCCCCUCACCCGAGCCCCUCAUCAGAGCCCGCCGGGAAUCGCUGCUCUCCAACCGGGACCGCCUGCUCCUCGACAAGAUCAAGAGCUACUAUGGCCACGCCGAGCACCGCGAUGCCGGCUUCGGGGUGCGCCGCCGUGAGAGCCUCUCCUUCAUCCCCAAGGGGCUGGUGCGGAGCUCCGUGUGCCGCCUCAAUGGGCUCCCUCGGCCCCCCGAGAGCCCUGAGCCCCCCACCCAGCCCGAGGCACCAGAGCCGUGCCAGGAGAACGGGGCGCAGCCCCCCGAGCCGCUGCGCAUCGUGGAGGAGGAUGACGUGGGCACCGCGGUGUCACCCCCAGGGCCACCCCCGCAGCUGCUGCUCACACCCCCUCAUCUGGGCACCAAGGUGUACCAGCUGGCUCGGCAGUACAGCCUCCGCAUCAAGAGCCGCCGCGCCGGCACCCGCCGCCCCCCGCUGCCGCCGCAGGAGGACGGGGACCCUCCCCCCAGCACCCCUUCGCUGGCUGUGCCGCAGGACGAGGCGCUGGUGGCGUCCCCGUCCCCGCGUGCCCCCCGCAGCCCCUCAAGCCCCUUGGACGCCGAACCCUUCGCCUGGCCCGAUGUUCGGGAGCUCCGUGCCCGUUUCGGGGCCCCGCGGCCGCCGCUGGUGAGCCGCAGCCGCUCGGCGCCCGAGGGUCCCGGCCGCGGUGGGCGCCCGGCCGGGAAGGAGCGGGGCAGCGGCCGGAGCCGCAGCGCUGAGGCCAACGGGGGCUCCAGCACCCCGAGCCCGGCACCAGCGCGGUACAGCAGUGAUGGGGCGCUGUGGGUGGCGGCCGAAGCCCCUCUGGGCCAGGGGCAGCGGGUGCUGGUGCUGGAGCGGCUGCCGCCGGAGCCCCCGGCCUACGUGCAGAUCCGCUCGCCCACCACGCGGGAGAAGAUCUGCCUGAAGGCGGUGGUGGAGCGCUGCAAAGCCUACCAGGCGUCCGAGGAGUACCGGCGGCGCUGCCCCGAGACCCCCGGCAGCCCCGAGCCGCUGCGCCACGGCCUCGUCAGGGACCUGCGGCAGAAGUUUCAGACCCUCGAUGCUGCCAGCUAGGGGAGAACGGGUGUCCCGGGGACCCCAAGGGAAGGAGCACCCCGUGGACCUCAAGUCUAGUUGGAGGAAGGGUCACUUCAUGCAUCCUCAACCUGCCUGGGAUUAGGGGAACCAAAUGGGCCUCCAACUUAUCUGGAAGAAGGGGCACCCCAUGGGCCCCCUGCUGUUUGGAAGAAGGAACCCUUUGGAAACUUCCAAUCUGCCCAGGAAAAGGGGCACCCCCGUGGACCCUCAGCCCUCUUGGAAGAAGGAGCACCCUAUGGACACUCAGCUUGUCCAGGAGAAGGGGCACCCCAUGGACCCCGAUGUACCUGGAAGAAGGGGCACCCCAUGGCCCCCCAUCCUACAGGAAAAGGGGUACCCCAUGGACUCCCCCAACCCACCUGGCAGAAGGAGUACCCUGGGGACUCUCAUCUUGCUCUGGACAAGGAACACCCCCCGUUCUCUCUGCCCACAGGACCUGGGGAACCCCAAGAACCUCCCACUACAAGUACCAGCGGCCCCCCAUGCUCUGCAGGCACCCAGCACUGCACCCCACUUGCUUUCACAUCUUUAUUAGAAAAAAACCCCAAACUGAACCCAAAGUUCCUUUGUGGUCGCCCGCCCCCCCCAGGGUGUCUCGGCCCAGCUGCGGGGUGCAGGGGGCCCCCCCACCCCGGCUGGGGGGCGCACGGGAUGGGGGUGCCAGAGAGGGGCCCCCAUGGGCUGACGCUCUUUGGUUGGUGCCCGCGGGGGCCAGGGGGUCCCCCCUCUGCACCCACGCGCUGUGGGGGGGGGGGUAUGGCUUUGGGGGGCACCCACACGCCCCCCGUGCGGGUGCUGGGGGGGGUCCAUGCACACCUGUGGGACGCACACCUGUGCCGUGCGUGCGGAGGGGGGCCGGGGGUGCACCUGCAUGCGGGGACACACGUGUGCAGACGUGUGCGUGCAGGGACACGUAUGGGCACGGGGGGCACACGCCUGGGGGGCGCCUGCGGCCGCCUCCACGCAGGGGUGUGCCUGAAGCGUGUAAAUGUAUGUAUAUAUAUAAAUACAAAUAUAUAUAUAUACACUGUGCACACGGACACGUGUGCUCGUGGCGGGGGGGGCUCGGGGGCCCCUGCCCACGUGUGACCCCCGCCUGCCCCUCUAGACCUGGUGGCACCUGUGCAGGUACCACACACGCAUCUCCUUACGCACGCGUGGCCCCGCUGGCGUGAUGUGGGGUGUCACCCCCCCCCCCCCCCGUCCCCC